GCUGCGCGAGGCGAAGCGCAGCCUCCCACCGUGCGUAAAUGAUGUAGGGCAGGACUGGGGAUGGUUUGGUCACCUCCAUUUACGAAAACCCGGCCGGUAGACCAGGAGCUCGCAGCCUCGGGAGUGUUGCCGUUUUCCUGCAGAGUUUAAGAUCGCGACUUUUAGGUUUUCAUUCUUUGUAUGAGAUAAGGGAAGACGAUGGACAUCACGGAUCAAGGAGCUCAAAUGGAGCCGCUCUUACCAACGGAACAAGUGGGUCAAAGUAAAGAUGUGAGGACUGAUGAAGAGGCGGUGGUGGACCGCGGGGGCACGCGCUCCAUGCUCAACACCAACUUUGAGAAGGAGGAGCUCGAAGGUCACCGCACUCUCUACAUUGGAGUCCACGUUCCUCUGGGCAGGAGGUCACACAGACGUCACCGUCACCAUGGACACAGACACAGAAAGAGGUCCAAGGAGAGGGACUCCUCCACAGACGAUGGACGAGAAUCCCCCUCACACAGUACAGCAAACACACCAGCUCAGAGGGUGCAGUUUCUUCUGGGUACAGAAGAUGCUGAUGAGGACCACAUCCCUCAUGCUCUGUUUACUGAGCUGGACGAGAUCUGCCUGAGGGAGGGCGAGGACGCUGAAUGGAGAGAGACAGCCAGGUGGCUGAAGUUUGAGGAAGACGUUGAGGAUGGCGGCGAGCGGUGGAGUAAACCGUACGUCGCCACUCUGUCUCUGCACAGUCUUUUUGAGCUCCGCAGCUGCAUCAUGAAUGGCACUGUGAUGCUGGACAUGAGGGCCAACUCGCUGGAGGAGAUUGCAGACAUGGUUCUGGACCAGCAUGAGUUGUCGGGUCCUCUCGGUCCAGAUGCUAGGAACAGGGUCCGGGAAGCCCUGCUGAAACAGCAUCACCACCAAAACCACAAAAAACUGGCCAACCGCAUCCCCAUCGUACGCUCUUUUGCUGAUAUUGGGAAGAAGCAGUCUGAGCCUCACUCCAUGGACAAAAACGGCCAAACGGUUUCCCCUCCGUCCCAGCCGUCCAUCAAUGAAGGAAAACAGGACGUCAGUCGGGAAAACAGCUCUGUUGACUUCAGCAAGAUCGACCUCCACUUCAUGAAGAAGAUCCCCCCCGGUGCCGAGGCAUCCAAUGUCUUGGUUGGAGAGCUUGAGUUCCUGGACCGCCCUGUGGUGGCCUUUGUCCGCCUGUCUCCUGCCGUGUUGCUCAACGGCUUGGCAGAGGUUCCCAUCACCACCAGGUUUCUGUUCAUCUUGCUCGGGCCUCUCGGAAAAGGUCCACAGUACCAUGAAAUCGGUCGUUCUAUAGCAACACUCAUGACCGAUGAGAUUUUCCACGAUGUUGCUUACAAGGCCAAAGACCGGAGCGACCUGGUGGCGGGCAUUGAUGAGUUUCUGGAUCAGGUGACGGUCUUGCCUCCUGGGGAGUGGGACCCCUCCAUCAGAAUAGAGCCUCCCAAGAAUGUGCCCUCUCAGGAAAAGCGGAAGAUACCCCCUGUUCCCAACGGAGUGACAGAUCUCGGAGAGUCUCCGGAGCCCGGAGGUCAUGGCGGCCCUGAGCUUCAGCGCACUGGGAAGUUCUUCGGUGGUUUCAUCUUGGACAUUAAGCGGAAGGCCCCUCACUACCUUUCUGACUACACAGACGCCAUCAGUCUUCAGUGUCUGGCCUCUUUCCUGUUCCUUUACUGCGCCUGCAUGUCACCUGUGAUUACUUUUGGAGGGCUGCUGGGUGAGGCCACGGAGGGCCGAGUGAGUGCUAUCGAGUCGCUGUUUGGGGCUUCCAUGACUGGAAUCGCCUACUCUCUGUUUGCUGGACAGCCUCUUACCAUCCUGGGCAGCACGGGGCCCGUCCUCGUCUUUGAGAAGAUCCUCUUCAAGUUUUGCAAGGAGUACGGGCUCUCCUACCUCUCCCUGAGGGCCUGCAUCGGCCUGUGGACGGCCUUUCUGUGCCUGCUGCUGGUGGCCACAGAUGCCAGCUCCCUCGUCUGCUACAUCACACGCUUCACCGAGGAAGCCUUCGCCGCCCUGAUCUGCAUUAUAUUCAUAUACGAGGCUCUGGAGAAGCUGGUUCACCUGGGGGUGCACUAUCCCAUCAACAAAAACAACAACAUUCAGAAACUCACCCAAUACUGGUGUUUGUGUGAAGAGCCACAUUCACCGAGCAACGAGACUCUGCGCUUUUGGGAGGACAGCAACAUCACCGCCUCAGAGGUCAACUGGACCUCGCUGGAUGUAAACGAGUGCGAAAAAUUGCACGGACACUUUGAAGGGAGAGCCUGCGGCCCGCACGGCCCUUUCAUCCCAGACGUGCUCUUCUGGUGCGUCAUCCUCUUCUUCUCCACCGUCUUCAUGUCCGCCUUCCUGAAGGAGUUCAAGACCAGCCGCUACUUCCCCACCAAGGUGAGGGCCAUCAUCAGUGACUUUGCCGUCUUUAUCACCAUUCUCACCAUGGUAUUAGUAGACUACGCUUUGGGGAUCCCUUCGCCGAAGCUGCAGGUCCCCAACAAGUUCAAACCCACUCGGGAUGACCGGGGUUGGGUAAUAAACCCUGUGGGGCCCAACCCCUGGUGGACCACCAUCAUCACCGUCAUCCCGGCUUUGCUCUGCACCAUCCUCAUCUUCAUGGACCAGCAGAUCACUGCAGUCAUCAUCAACCGGAAGGAGCACAAGCUGAAGAAAGGAUGUGGCUACCACCUGGAUUUGUUUGUGGUGGGGGUGAUGCUGGGCGUGUGCUCCGUGAUGGGCCUGCCGUGGUUCGUGGCCGCCACCGUGCUCUCCAUCUCGCACGUGAACAGCCUGAAGCUGGAGUCGGAGUGCUCCGCCCCCGGGGAGCAGCCAAAGUUCCUGGGCAUCCGAGAGCAGCGUUUCACCGGCCUCAUGAUCUUCACCCUGAUGGGCUGCUCCGUCUUCAUGACCUCCGUGUUAAAGUUUAUCCCCAUGCCCGUGCUGUACGGAGUUUUCCUGUACAUGGGGGCUUCGUCACUCCGAGGCAUCCAGUUCUUCGACCGUCUCAGGCUGUUUGGCAUGCCAGCCAAACACCAGCCCGAUUUCAUCUACCUGCGACACGUUCCGCUCAGGAAGGUGCAUCUGUUCACCAUCGUCCAGCUCAGCUGCCUGAUCCUCCUCUGGGUCAUCAAGACCUCUAGAGCUGCCAUCGUUUUCCCAAUGAUGGUCUUAGCUUUGGUGUUUAUCCGUAAGCUGCUGGAUUUCGUCUUCAGCAAGAGGGAGCUGAGCUGGCUGGACGACCUGAUUCCGGAGUGGAAGAAGAAGAAGCUGGAGGACGCUGAAGAGGAGGAGGAGCACAGUAUUAUCGCAGAGGAAGAAGGUAUUGUUCAAGUACCUUUAGAGGGACACUACAAGAGCGACCCAGCCACGGUGAACAUCACGGACGAGAUGUCCAAAGGAUCUUUCGGGAACGUCUGGAAGAGCGUCAGUCCUGCCGAGGGCGCCAAAAAGGAACCAAGCACCAAAAGUUGCGCCACAGAUGGCGAAAAGCGACACAAGCGACGAAAACACGAGAAGAGCUUGGACAGGGAGACAAGUUUGUGAUGACACACACACAGGUGGUGACGCUGUGCUGUCAGUGGAUUCAUCAUACGAAACAAAACAAAGCAAAAACAAAAAACAGUAUUCCGUGCUACACGUAAUCACCUUUCGUACUGUGCUACACUGUGUUUUUAUUUAUUUCUUAUCGUCAUGUAAGUCUGUGUGAAGGUCCUGUAAAGCAAAUGUUCUAGAAACCACAUCUACACAAGCAAAAGAAAAACACAUGGAUGUUCUUUUUCUAUAUAUACUCUUUAUCUGUGUUUGAACUCUGCAGCUGCCAGAAUUACACGACAAUUGUGACUACUUAGGGCCAAUUAGUCCAAUUUUUAAAGUCUUCUUUUAUUUCUUUCUACUUUGUAUGUUUUUUACAUUUUUUCAACAACCAGAAGUUUUAAAAAGCUGCCUAAAAAGGACCACAAAUCGAUUUUUACGUAGCAUUCAACGUAAUGUUUAGCCUCGCGAAACUAGCAUUUGCAAAUAAAGAUGAAUCCCACAGGUAUUCAUUACUCUAGUUACUUUAAAAGUAUUAAGUUUGAUAUAUUCUGUAAAUCUCAAUGUUUCCGUGUCGGUGAACGAGUCUAGAGUCUUCUCCAUUGCUAUUUCACAUUUUGAAUGUCUUUCCUCGAGUCGAGCUCUUCCCCAUCGAGUCAAAGACAUCAUUUUGACUUUUUGGGAAAACUUGGCGUUCGCGUCGCUGCUGAGCACUAAACGAAAAAAUUGACUGUCGACAUACAAUUACUAUGAGGUUAUAGCUACCUUCUUAGACUUUUCUUUCUUUCGUCUUAUUUUUCCACACCCCGCUACAAAAGGCUUUUUUUUUUUUUCAUUGAAAAGAAAAAAAGCACAUUAAAUCCAAAAUAAUUCCUUUUGAUUGUAGUGUUUUUUUCAGGGGUAGCUUCACUGAAAAAACGUAGACAUCGAGUUAGCAUGGCAGCAUAUUUUGGUGGCUUUUAGCUACCGCUAGCGCCUUGGCUUUUAGAAAACUAGCUUGUUGGGUGUUUGUUUAGAGGCUCCAUGUUUUCCUCCUACUUGCUCAUCUCGUCAGCCAUCGAUGAACAUGUGAUCUCCUCUCCAAACAACCCCUACGAUGUUAGCAUCUGAAGCGAAACGUUUCCUGGCUUUUUAUUUUGAAAGCAAAUGCCUGCAUGACGAUGAAACUCGCUGCAGGACCGUGAGUACUUCUAGAGAUGCAAUAAUCCUUUUUUGGGGGGGAAGGGGCAACAAAUAAAUGGGAAAGAGUCUUAAUGUAAAUGAAAUACUAUAUUUUAUUCAUGUAAAUGUUACUAAUAUAUUACUAACAUGGUGUUAAAUUCAUAUUUUUCUUGUAGAUGUAACUUUCCCAUUGUUUAAAGUACUGACUCUCACUUAAAGGAACUAAAAGUUGGUCAAAAAAUUAUAUCGAUAUCAAAUGUUUUGACGACUGGAGCGGGAAAUUCUGCCUUAAAUUUGGUAGUAAUAGACGGACAUUUUCUGUAAUUAUUUAAAUCACCUGUAUAGAGAACUAUUAGUUCAGAACUGUUUGUGCAAUUGUGAUUUGUUUCAUGAGAAUAAACUGGCACACGCGGGGGGGAGCAUAAAUAAACACAUUAAAAAGCU